AAAGAUCGAUUACAUCGCGAAAGGGCAACCCAGCUCUAGUCUGUAAAUGUAAAUAGACGGAACUUGCUGCAGAGGACAGCUAAAACGCAACGAAUUGGGCUACACAAAGAGCAGGUGCGAGCAGCCGAGGGAUAGCCAGCCGCUGGUCAGUUAGAUGCGCAUCAAAAUGGAUUGCGAAGUGCAGGAGCAACACAAACAUCAGCCAGGGCAGGAACAGCAAAAACAACAGCAGAUACAUCAGCAACAACAUCACGGCAGCAGCAACAAGUUGCCAGUGAGAAAGCAGGAAAGCUGCUCCGACGACGAUGAGAGUCCCAGCCGCACGACGGAGCGGCAGAACCUAGAGUUCGCCAAGAAGCUCGGCUACAGCGAACAGUCCAUCCAUUCGGCGUUAACGCGCCUUGGCUCGGAAGCCAAGCAGAACGAGCUGCUGGCGGAGCUGAUCAAGCUGACGGCCGAUGCACCACGACCCGCCCACAUUGGCGGGGGCGGAAGCCCAUCCAGCAUGACUACCACUCUGUCCUCCUCCAUCGCCGGUGGCAACAUCUCUGGCUUGCGACACAUUGUAAUCGAUGGCAGUAAUGUGGCCCUUUCUCACGGCAACAACCUGAUAUUCUCCUGUCGCGGCAUCCGCAUCUGUGUGGACUGGUUCCGGCAGCGUGGACAUCGCGACAUCACCGCUUUUGUGCCCAACUGGCGCAAGGAGAUGGCAAACAACAACAUAGCCGACCAGGAGCUGCUCUACGAGCUGGAACACGAACGAUUCUUGGUGUUCACGCCAUCGCGACAUCUGGAUGGCAAGCGUGUGUCCUGUUACGAUGAUCGGUUCAUACUUAAGCUGGCAGUGGAAACCGACGGCAUUGUGGUGUCCAACGACAACUACAGGGAUCUGAUCCUCGAAAGCAACGAGUUCAGGCGCGUGGUGCAGGAACGCCUGUUGAUGUACUCGUUCGUAAAUGAUAUAUUCAUGCCACCCGAUGAUCCUCUGGGCAGAUCGGGACCAAAUCUGGACCUCUUCCUGUGCUCGCAGACGCAACAAAAAAUGGCGGAUGCGCAGCAAUUGUGUCCGUACGGCAAGAAGUGCACCUACGGGCAAAAAUGCAAGUUUCGUCAUCACAAUCAGGGGCCACUGCUGCAGCGCCUACCACUGCAGGCCUCCCACAGUGCACCCCUACACACGAACGGUGGCCAACAGAUGAUCAGUCUGAGUGGCAACAAUAACAAUGUUAAAAUCAGCUCAUUGAUUAGCCGGGAGCCCCUGGGGCGCACCAAAUCCAAUACCAUCGAACAGGUGUGCCAGGGCUUUUCCGCUCAAAUGGAGCUGUCAGAGGGCUCCGUGGAAUCCAACCAGCCCAACCGCCACAAGAAGCUGCAGCGCCAACAACCGCCACCCACCUACCGCCUCCUGGUGCCCACCUACAGUGCGCCCCUCCAGCAGCAACAGCCCCAGGCACAGCAACAGCAUCAGCAGUCCAACUCCAACUAUCACCACCAGUAUCUAACGCGCACGCCAUCCGCCCCGGUCACGGAUCAGGGACUGGGUUUGCCACUGCCCGCUCACAACUUCGCCCAUCUGUCCGCCUCCGAUUCGCGCAUCAACGAGGAACUGCAUGCCUCGCAGCAGCUUCCGCGGGAGGAGCAGCGCCGGUUGCUUCGCUAUCAUCUGGGCAGCCUGUUCCCGCCGCACCAGGUGCAUGCUGUACUGCAGCUUUAUCCGGAGGAGACCGACGCCAAGACCAUCUGCGCAGCUAUUCUUAAUUUAUUUCCGCAUAAUUAG